UCUAAAACUUGAACACCACCUCACAUAAUCACCAUGGAUCUUUACACUUACAUUCCAUCGAUUGCAUCUUUGUUGCUGUUUCUAUACAUUUUCUCCAGAAAAACACCCAAGAACUCCAAGAAACAUUGCAUCCCUGAACCAACCGGUUCAUUGCCACUCAUCGGUCACCUCCAUCUCUUAGGUGGGAAAGAACCAAUCUGCAAGAACCUAGCAACAAUGGCGGACAAACACGGCCCACUCUACUCACUCAAACUCGGAACCCACCGACUUUUAGUGGUAAGCAGUUGGGAAAUCGCCAAGGAUUGUUUCACCAACAAUGACCGAACCUUAGCCACUCGAGCCAGCAUCGCCGCCGGGCGGCACAUGGGUUACGACAACGCUAUCUUUUCGCUCGCCCCAUACGGUGAAUAUUGGCGUAACAUCCGUAAGAUGGCCACCGUCGAGCUUCUUUCAAGCCACCGUUUGGAGAAGCUGAAGCACAUACGGUUCUCCGAAAUAGACUCGUUCAUCAAAGAGUUGUACGGGCUUUCACGAAACGGUGAUAAAGUGACUAUCAGUGAGGCGUUGGAACGGUUGACGUUUAACAUCAACCUUAGGAUGCUCUUCGGAAAACGAUUCUCCGGUAACGAGUACGGGGAAGUAGACAGCGAGCCGUGGCGGUACAUGGAAGCCAUUAAGCGAGCGUUGUAUCUAUUUGGGAUAUACGUUUUGGCGGAUGCUCUGCCGUGGCUCGAACGAUUCCAUAUUCAAGGCCAUGUUCGUUCCAUGAAGGAAACUGCCAAAGAACUCGACUCAGUAAUCAGUGUUUGGCUCGAAGAACAUCUUAAGAAGAAAAGGGAAAACCAGGGUGCCUCUGAAACUGAUUUCAUGGACGUGAUGUUAACUCACUUGCCCGAGGAUACUGUAAUUUCAGGCCAUACACGCGACACCAUUGUCAAAGCGACAACAUUGGUUCUUACAUUGACCGGAGGAGAAAGCACAUCAGUGACAAUCACAUGGGUACUUUCUUUACUACUGAACCACCCCAAUGUUCUAAUCGCAGCCCAAGAAGAGAUAGAUCACCACGUUGGAAAACAAAGGUGGGUUGAAGAAUCAGACAUUAAGAACCUCAAAUACCUACAAGCUAUAGUUAAGGAAACUCUACGUUUAUACCCACCAGGACCAAUCACCGGAAUCCGUGAGGCCAUGCAAGAUUGUUGCAUCGCCGGCUACGAUGUUCCAAAAGGGACUCGUUUGAUUGUUAACCUUUGGAAACUACAACGAGACCCACGGGUUUGGGAAAAUGCCAAUGAGUUUCGUCCAGAAAGGUUCAUGACAACACAUGUUGAUUUCGAUGUUAAAGGUAAAAAUUUCGAGUACAUGCCGUUUAGUUCCGGUAGAAGGUCGUGUCCUGGAAUGACGUUUGGGUUGCAAGUUGUGCACUUGACGGUGUCGAAAUUAAUUCAGGGAUUUGAUAUUAGGGUGGCGGAGGGGACCGCGGUGGAUAUGGAAGAAGGCUUGGGACUUGCCUUACCUAAGUUGAAUCCUCUUGAAGUUGUAUUAUCGCCACGCCUUGGAACUGAGUUUUACGAAUGCCUUUAAGAUGGUGAAAAAUAUAUACUAGAAAUUUAGCGUUUUAUAUUUUGAUUAAAUAAUUAUUGGAUGUGAUAAUGGCAUGGUGAUACAGCUUUUAGUUGAGCAUUAAAUAAGUUUACUGAAUGCACUUGGGAAUAAAUGUAAGCACAUUAUUAAAUUUUAAAGUCGAUAUUAGUAAAAAGAUUUUAUUUGAA